AACAGGUGGAGCAGUACAUGUCCUUCCACAAGCUGCCAGCGGACAUGCGUCAGAGGAUCCAUGAUUACUACGAGCACCGUUACCAGGGCAAGAUGUUUGAUGAGGAGAGCAUCCUGGGAGAGCUGAACGAGCCGCUCAGGGAGGAAAUAAUCAACUUCAACUGUCGGAAGCUGGUGGCGUCGAUGCCCCUGUUCGCAAACGCGGAUCCGAAUUUCGUGACAUCGAUGCUGACCAAGCUGCGCUUCGAAGUUUUCCAACCUGGAGAUUACAUCAUCCGAGAAGGCACCAUUGGGAAGAAGAUGUACUUCAUACAGCACGGAGUCGUUAGCGUGCUCACUAAAGGGAACAAGGAAACCAAGCUGUCAGAUGGUUCCUACUUUGGAGAGAUCUGUUUGCUGACGAGAGGAAGGCGUACGGCUAGCGUCCGAGCGGAUACAUACUGCCGUCUCUACUCCCUGUCGGUGGAUAACUUCAACGAGGUGCUCGAAGAAUAUCCUAUGAUGAGGAGAGCCUUCGAGACUGUCGCUCUGGACCGCCUCGAUCGUAUAGGAAAGAAGAACUCUAUAUUGCAGCACAAGGUCCAGCAUGAUUUAAACUCUGGCGUCCUCAACUAUCAGGAGAAUGAGAUAAUCCAGCAGAUAGUGCAGCAUGAUCGAGACAUGGCGCACUGUGCACAUCUGAUGCAAAACCAACCUUCCCCAGCUCCACCAUCACCCACUCCAGUCAUUUGGGCUCCACUCAUCCAGGCUCCUUUACAAGCAGCCGCUGCUACAACGUCAGUUGCUAUUGCCCUGACCCACCACCCUCACCUGCCUCCCACACUCUUUCGCCCUUCUACCUCCACUUUGGGUUCAACGAAAGAAGCACCAAGAAACAGGUUCCAGGUUAUACCCACAUCAACAGCUCCUGGUUCAGCCGGAAACUCGCCUUCGAGCACUCCUCCAAAGCCUCGAACUGGAGCCGACACUCCUCUACUUGCAUCCUUCCGGGCACAUCAUUCAACAGGGCCAGCUGGGUCAGGCAGUGGCAAUCACCAGGCUUCCAGAAGCAGCAUAAGUGGAGUUUCACAUCCUGGACCUGGUCGGGCUUCUGCAUUCCCCACUGGCAAUUACUCAAGAUCUGCAUCUCCCACAUGUAGUACUGCACAGCUCCAUCCUCCACCCAAACACAAGCAGCCCUUCCCACCAAGUACCCCACCACUGUCCACUCACCUCCAACAAGGCAGCACAGGUGCUGGCACCUUGUCUGGGGCAGUAGGUGGCUCAGUGAGUAUUGCUGUGAGUGGAGCAGUGGCAGACACGUCAAGUGGACUGACUGCAAGUGGGUCUCCUGGGGGUCCAUUACUUGGUGCCACCUGUGGGCUCUUGACCACACAGUCUUCAAAUGUUAGCCCUCUUUCAACUGGAUCAUUCAGCCAUACCCCGAGUCAGCUCCUUCAUGGUCAGCAAACACAAAAUACCAAACAGACAUCUGCAUUUCAUCAGUUUGCUGGUGGGGGUGGCAGGACUUCUAGUACGUUAAACCUCUUCCAUACACCCACAACUGGCUCCCCAUCCUCCACCCUUUCCCACAUAACUCCUGCCCUCGAAGGUUCUCCUUCAUCAAACACACAAUCCUUUAACCUACAGUCCUCCUUUUCCUCCCAGAUGCCUUUAGAAAGGUCAGCAUUAGCAUCUCUAGCUCAAUAUGGCUCAGCUAACGCUUCUCCCUGCUACACUCCUCUAGCCCCCAGCCCUACAGUCCAAAGUCCUGGGAGAACUUUCCAUUACAGUGACCCCUCCAGUGCUGCAGGUUCCCACAGCUCUCUGCUUAUACCCCAGCAUUCCUGCCCUGUUCAACUACCCAGCUGUAACACUUCAGGAACUGAAUCACCGCUGGGCCGCUUCUCUGAAGAUAUGAAACUGUUGUCUAGCUCUCACCCCUUGCUAAGUGAAGAGGCAGCCCAGGUUAUGGCUCACUCCUCCCCUCGAUCAUCCGUUGAGCCUGGCUGCCGCCUCUCCCCUUACUCUUCCCCAACACUGAUGCCUAAGCCGUGCAGCUCCAUAUCGGGGCACUUUGCUUCCCCCUUACAGACUUCUCCCAGUACACGGCACCACACCCCCAGCAUAGGGACGUCACCUUCCCUUCCAUUCCGCAGAUCCUCAGAGGCCCAUCCUUCUGAACUGGAACCCCUUUGCGCCAAACUUCCCUCCAAUUUGUGAGGUUAGAUCACACCCUCCUGUUCACCUGUGGACCUGUAACUGAGUAAUAACUAUCCUUUUUUUUUGUGUGACACUUUUAUUUCAUUAUUUAUCUAGAUUACACUGUGUUUUAAACUUAUUUUAGGGUAUCUAAAUAUUACUGUGAUUAAAAAAAAAAAAAUGAAGGUGUAACCACAUAUUAGUAAUUAGAUUACUUGUUUUGCUUUGUCAUUCGCUAUUUUUUAUUCAUUAAUAUAUAAGUGAAAAUAUCUAUUUACUGCUAUGUUAAUCAACCAAUAGGAGGGUGUGAAAUACUCCGUACAUAAACAUUUGCGACCAUCCAUUUUCCACAUUUCAUUGGUUUGCGCGUUUGAAACGGACCACAUGGAAGGACUAUUCUGCAGGAACCUAUGCACUGAAGCCUGCGUUCUGACUUUUUCUGUGUUCAAAUCAAUCUUUUUAGUCAAAAGAGAAAGGCUACACUCUAUCCAGGAUCACAUAUUGUUGAUCCUUAUAUGUAUCUAUGGGAUUCUAUGUAUUGAUUCACUGUUUCUUCACUUUUUUUUUUUUUUUUGCAAAAAAAAAUUAUAAUGUGUUGAAGAGAAUUUAGCAAACCAAAAAUAGUUUUCUUUUGAGAUAUUAGUACACCUUUUGGCCUACACCUUACUGAUUUUCUCUUGAAUCACAGUAUUGUAGUAAUAUUGGAGUGGAUUUCAGGUCCUCUGUAAUGGGGGAAAUACAUAAGAAGAAAUUAUAGAAACAGGGAGCCGUCAACAGUGUCCUAAAUAUUCACUUUUGUCUUCCAGGUUCAUACGGCAGAUGCUGGAAAUGAAUGGUGUGUGUAUGGGUGUUUUCUUAAAGUGGCUUGAUGCAAGCAACAAUCUUAGUUUUGCCUUUUAAUAUAAAAAUAGAACUUCCAUUGGCGCCUGUGUAGACAUUUCUAGGAUAACAUUUUCACAGAACCAGUGAAACUUACAAAAGAUUACUUGAUGUAGCAUGCGUGGACAAAUAAGUGCUGCAUUUUCAACACCUACAGCAUGAAAAUGAACUUUUAGUGUUGGAUUAAUGCCCGGGGUGUUCAUAGAAAUCCGGAUGGACACGAAAAGGGUUAAUUUAACACUAGCAAUAUUGCUGUGUACACAGAUUUCCUCUCAGCUUUGGUUAAUCAUUCCUUUCAUAGCUAGUUUGUUUCAUUUAUAUUCGAGGAAGAUGAAUGUAUUGUAUCGAGUUAAAGGAUUGUGAAAAGGCCUGCACAGUAACUUCUCUUUAAUGCUAUCGGGAACAGAAAUAGAUGGGACAAAUUCAGCUCGCAAAUUUCUUUAAAUCACAUCCAAACUCAAAGAUUGUUACAGGGAAUACGCUGCAUAAACAUACUGUAUAUACAGCUGACCUGCAAAAUUAAAAAAACUAUUAAAUAUAGCUGGCUAAAUGAGCCCUUGUCUGUAGUCACUGGGGUAGCUAAAUUGCUAAAUAGAGAGUUAUUUCACUCAAGUUGAUAUAAAAUUACAUAAAAAAAUGAAAAAGCAGAUAAGCUGCUGUCACUCUCAGCUCAAACCUGGUUAGCUAAUGUUUUGAUUUAGCUUUUAAUAACACUACAUAUCAAAUUGCCGAUACUAGCAUAUUAAAUGUUAAAACAAUCUGUAUCAGCUUUAGGUUAAUAUCCAUUUCAAACAAACAAAGCUAGCUAGUUAACACUGAGCAUGGCAAAUAACUUUGCCAAUGCUAGUUCCUAAUUAGCCUAUAUUUUUAUAAGCUCUUUGGGUUUUUUUUUUUUUUUUUUUUUAUUACAUGAUUCCCUUAGGCAUGUAAUCACCAUAUCCAGUGCUUCAACUUCAAAAUAUGUCCUCAGGAAACACUGGCACUCUGGUAAUGAGUUAGCAAAGCAGCUAAUCAGUCAGAUCAGUCAGCUAGGUAUUAAGCUGUGACCUGUGUAGGCUAGGAAAUUAGGUUAGGAGUCAAUUUACUAGCUAUUGUUUCUGUCAGGGAAACUUUUGUCAUGAAAAGAUCUGUUUUUUUGUACUAGUAGCAUUACUGACACAUGACUUUGUGCUGGUCAGGUGAGAGAAUGUAUUUCCUCUUCGAGAGAAAACACAGAUAUUGAUGAGAAACAUUCGCUUCCGCCAGUCAAAAGGCAAAGAUGGCCCAAAAUAAAUAAUGUAGCCUCCUGAGAAAAAAACAACAACAGUAUCCCCACCUGAGAAAUCCUGACCUGAGUCAAGUUAACAAGUUGGGAACUUUUGAAAGGCUAGAGACGUUUGCAUGGAGGGGGGCACAAAUGCAACAAGACACUGAUGCAUCGAGGCGGUGAUGUGUAGCGACAGACAGCCCAAGGUCUGACAUGUAGACGAGGACCCCUGUGGGCUCUUCAGGAUGAAGUGUUCCAGGAAGGUUUUUUGAGGCAGCUCCACUACAAGUUAUGAUUGUUUCUGAGCACUUGUAAAAACAUCCUGAGGACGGCAGGUAUUGAUUGCAUUAUUGGACACAGCUUUGGGAGGUUUUUGAGACCAAAGUGGGGAGUUUUUUCUUCUUUUUUUUUUGUUUCGGAAAGAAAGAAAAAGCUCAACUUUGUCUGGUCGAUGCCAGUAGAGGGGUCAAAUCUAGAAAGACUGUGGAGAGAAAUAGAGAGAUAGAAAGAGAGAGAGAGAGAGGUGCAGAGAAAAGAGAGUGCAUGAGAUUGAUUGAUUAGAGGGUAGACUGACCCAACUGAGAAACCUGAUCAUUAGCAGAGACAAGGACUGCAGUUCAUCAAUAACGCCAGCCUGAAGCUGUCAAUCAAGCAUGGCUGUCAUUCUGGCCUUGGCUCAUCUCAGCGUACACCUCUCAGGCUGUAUGAAUCAGUCACACAAUUCAGCGGAAAUAGAAUCCUACACAGCCGAAACAUAGCGUCAAAUCUCCAUAUGAAGUGCAGCGUGCAAUUCUGAAAAACGUUUCUAGAGCUGUAAUAAUCACACAUCAUUUUCUAAAAAAAGCCCUGCAAAGGAUCUGUGUAGUUUCUUUAUUGUUGGUUUCUGUUGCAAUUUUCCAGCCCAGUUGAAGCCAAGGUGCGCCGCCCAGCCCUCUUCCAUUAAAGGAAAUCCAUUAGGCAUACAGUGGUUCCUCCUGGGUUCUAAGGAUGGUUAAAUAUUCUAGCUUUACUUAAAGCCUCCUACAUGGAACCUUUUUCUGUACAGUAAACACAGAUGGAACAUUUUACUAAGAGUGUAUAUAAUAUAUGAAUCAGUGACCACACUGGAUAUCACUUAUGGAGGCAAAGUCACUACUUUUCAGUGGACUAGUGAACAUUUAACCAUAGCUGGCUUGAUAUUUUGUUGUUACUUUGUAAGUAAUGAGACAUUGUUACCUAGGAUGCAGAAAAUGGACAUUUUCAAGAACCAGGAAACCAAAUGAACCUACCAUAAAUUGAUCACAACUUCCUUUUCAAGUGAAGUUUAUUUUUUACUAGAUUCCAUGAAAAUUUCAUGUCCGCUGUGGCCGCAGCUUAAGACUAAAAGUGAUAAAAAACUAAGGGAUAGGGUUAAGGUUAGUCCUCUCUGGUGUUGUUUACAACAAGAAGCAUUAUUUUUACUGCUACACAAAUAAAGCAGAAGGCUUUUCUGGCUUUCUAGAGAUCCUACAUUUUUUUAAAGCUUUUAAAGGAACAGAAAUUUCAGUAAUAUAAACCACCCGUAAAACACACCCAUGCUUGUGCAUUAGCUCCUUCAAGAAAUGCAACCUGGAGACAAUCCACCAGGUAGCAUCAAUUUUUCUGAUUUGUGGCGCUUUUCAUAACACAACAUGUACUGAUUCCAAUUGGGAUCGCUCCCAAUUUUGGCACCUAAUCUCAGCUUCACGCCGCUCGCUUUUAUGCCGUGUCGCUGAGCCGUGAGGGAGCGCUCAUGAAGCGCUGGUGCAGGCAGUAAUGAAAUCGCUCGCAGUGAUUGAGGAUUAGGUUUCACACUAACAGGUCUGAGGCUUAGAGUCGAGAGGUUGUAGGAGAUGGGAUGUGUGUUUGGUGACUGGCACCGUCGUAACUUAUUCAUACAGCCAAAUUCAUUUUGAGACAUGACUGGCAGAAACCUGGUGGCGAAUGCGUAUUUGUGUCACCAGGUGUAGAAAAGGGAUGUGUUUGAGAUCUAAAUUGCUUUGGGGCAGAAGGGAAAACAAGAAAAUGUCUUCAGACUCUGUUGAAGUUAAUCUGAAGUUAUUCGAUUUUUACCGUUAUUCGAUUUUACUCUCACCGGUGGGUGAAUUUUUUAUUACUUUUUUAUUUAUUUUUUUGAUGAUGAAGAUCCAUGUAGAACUAUAGUCUUGACAGAGAUCCUAUACGUCUAGAGACAGUUUUUCUGCCUGGAAUAGCAGAAGCACUGAUGCAAAAAUGCAGACUUUUGUGUGCAGGCCAAAAAAGUAAAAAGUAGUCAGACCAUGGUACGACCUUUUAAUCUCUUCAUACUUACUCCAGCUGACUUCUUUUACUCACUUUACAUUCCCUUUUUUUAGCUUACACCGGUUUUUCUGGCAUUUUUUUAGAAUCAUAUACUGCUGCAUCUUCCUUUCUUUGGCAAUAACGAAUGCAGUGAGUCAUACUCAGCUUUUUAUCCACAAAAGGUUUCAGAAAAUCUGCAGUAAAUAGCGGCUUCAAUGCCAAACAUGUAGGUUGCUGAACACUGAAAUGCACAUUAACAUAGUCAGCCUUUAACUGCUUUGGGUGUGGUGAGGUGGAGUCCAUGAUAUUUUAGCCAUAAUAAUAGAAAUAGAGGAGUAUUGAAUAUAGUGAAAUAUUUCUAAAGUGCAAUAUGCAGCCAGACAAGAUUAGAUUGUUUAACUAUGCUAUGCUUUAUGCUAAGCUUAGUUUGCUUUUAUAGUAAAAUUACCUCCAGUAAUUGCUUUAAUCCUGGUCAGGGACUCAGUGGCAGGAGGUAGGAGAAUUUUAACGCUUUGUCAAUUUCCAUGUAGGUUUCCUCUGGGUUCUCCAGGUUCCUCCUGUCUUGUAGAUGGAUUGGCUAAGCUAAAUUGCUCCUCGUUGUAAUGAGUCUGUGAACGUGAUGUUCUGGCAUCCCAUCCAGGGAUCCAGUGUUCCCUGGAUUGGCUUCACAUCCAUCAUGACCUGAACCAUGAUAAAGCAGUUACUGAAGAUGAAUAUGGGUUUCAGAGGUCUAAUGGCAAGACUCAGACUGAUGAGAGCUUUGCAUUUAAGUUAAAAGACAAAUGGAUCCCAGUGGAUUUUCAAGGACACCGGCAGAAACGUUCUAUCUGGGUAAGCCUCUAAAUACAAACUUAACUACCUUCGGAUUUUCCCUACAGACCUGGAUCGGAUUCCAUUUACUUCUGUUGGAUUAGAUAGCUCUGACUCGAACCUUUGGAGCAAUUUGACUGUGUAGGCCUUCUGACUUUAGAGAUUAAAAGAUCAAGUCGUUUUAUGGUGAUGAUCUGUUUAUAGGCAGCCCGAAAAAGUGCUGGUGUGUGUGUGUGUGUGUGUGUGUGUGUGUGUCAGCAAGAUUAAUCCUGAGAAAGGAGUGUGAACUUACAAAGACUCCCCUGAAUCUUAUCCUGGCUUGGGGUGGUUUUGUCCGGGAGCAAAUUAGGGCUGUUUCUUUCCGAGACACUUUCCUUAGCAUCGGUUUUCAAACCUAUGUCACUUACAUAAAGUCAAUCAGUGUAUUAUAUUUAUGUAAACAAAUUUCUAUACGGUAUAUACGUAUAUAUUUACAUUGGACAUGUUUUAUUUUUUCCGUUGCGUUGACAUUGUUUUAAUGAUCAUGACACGUUUGUUUCAGUGUUUGGAGUGUGUGUCAUUACUGGUUAUUUCCUCAGAGGUGUAUUGUAUGCAUAAUAUAUAUAUAUAUCUGAAUUGAGGGAAUAUUUGCCAUUUCUCAGUCACUUUUUCAGAUGCCCAGUUAGCAUAUAUAAAUCUAAUACUUUGUAAUAUAUAUAUAUUUUUUGGUUUUACUUUAAAGACUAUGGGAAAUAGCAAUAAGUAUUAUGUACAGGUGUGGUGAGAUGUGAGAAGUACAGACGUUUCGAGGACAUUACGAUGUCCCCCCACACACACACACACACACACACACACACACACACAUCCACUAGGUAGCGGCACUGUCGUCUGUGGCACACUUCACGGAUGGACGCUUCUACAAAGUGGAAUAAAAAGCGGACUUAUAAUAA